UUACUUUUGGCCUGGUCCAUUUCCAUUCUUGCUUGGCCCAAACCAAACCAACUGCCGAGUUCUUCUCCACGAAGAGGAACACAGCAGGGGUCUCCGAUCCGAAAAGUGAAAAAAGAAAAGGAAGAGAGCCGAGAUCGAAGCAUGGCGGCGCUGGAUCUGUCGAAGCUGGUGAAGGAGAAGAAGUUCUGGGUCGCCUCCUUCCUCGUCGCAUGGGCUGCCGCGCUCCAGGGGCACAUGAUGUGGUUGCAGCGGCAGGACGCCUUCAAGGACAAGUUCGGCGACCCCCAAGCCCCUAACAACAAGGUGCUCACCGAGACAGAGAAGCCGCCGCCCAAGAACGAGCAGCUCACCGAGGACGCCGAAUUCAGAUAGAUGACAACGAGAUCCCCUUUUUUUUUUCUUCUUCUUCUUCUUCUUUUCUCUCGUUUUCCUAGACCAAACAGAUCACUGAAUCAGGGCGUAUAUGAAUCCAUGUGUAUAAGCUGCUGCGAAACUUGGCUCCUACUACUCCAGUAUGUUUUUUGUCAUACAGCAGUGCAUCUCAGGUUCUGUCUCGGUUCAGUUAAUCAGGAGUAGCCAAACUGCUCUGUUCUCACUGAAUGAAUGAAAGUAAGUGCAAUUCCUCGA